AGUGGGCGUGGCUUUGACACCGUGCUGCUGCAUCGCUGAACAGCAUGAGGAUGAGGGAGAUGUAGCGGCUGUUGAACGAGGAGACAGUCUUGGCCUGUAUCUUUUAAAGCCGUAUUUUACUGGAGGGCUGAUUUGCCGACUGAGAAUGACAAGGUCUGACUGCAACCUGAAGGCUACCUUCUUGUAAAAGACAUGGACUAAAGAAGAAGAGUUUGUGUGUGUGUGUGUGUGUGUGUGUGUGUGUGUGUGUGUGUGUGUGUGUGUGUGUGUGUGUGUGUGUGUGUGUGAGAGAGAGUGGUGUGUGGCGUGUGUUUGUGUGUGUAUGUGAAAGCCUCUGGAGAUAACCAUGGUGGUGAGGUGGUUGCUGAAGACAUCCCACUAAAGACAACAAACCAACAGAAAAUGAGUGCGUGAAGCUCUGGCUACCACCAAGGCCACUGCUGCAGGCUGGACAGCGCAGCCACAUGAUCACAUGACUCUGGACAUGGAUGCGGUCCUGUCAGACUUUGUUCGGUCCACAGGGGCAGAACCUGGUCUGGCACGUGACCUGCUGGAGGGUAAAAACUGGGACUUGAGCGCUGCUCUGAGUGACUAUGAGCAGCUGCGGCAGGUCCACACUGCCAACCUGCCACAGGUAUUUAAUGAGGGCCGUUACUACAAGCAGCCAGAGCACAGUGGAACCCCGCAGCACCUCAACAAGCUGGAACAAUGCCUGCAGAGGCAAGAGGAGAACACUCAGGAGAAGCGUCUCUCCCGGGGCAUCUCACACGCCAGCUCAGCCAUCAUGUCUCUGGCGCGAAUGCACGUUACGGGAGAGUGCACCAGGGAGCAGUUGCCUCUUGAGAUGCCAAUCUACACCUUCCAACUACCUGACCUGAGUGUGUACAGCGAGGAUUUCCGCAACUUCAUUGAGCGUGACCUCAUUGAGCAAUCCACCAUGGUGGCACUGGAGCAGGCAGGUCGUCUGAAUUGGUGGUCCACUAUUUGUACGAGCUGUAAGAAGCUCCUGCCGUUAGCAACUACAGGGGAUGGCAACUGCCUACUGCAUGCAGCUUCUUUAGGGAUGUGGGGCUUCCACGACAGAGAUCUGGUGCUGAGGAAGAGUCUGUAUGCUAUGAUGAAGAGCGGGGCAGAAAGAGAGGCUCUGAAGAGGAGAUGGAGAUGGCAGCAGACGCAGCAAAACAAAGAGUCAGGGUUGGUGUAUACAGAGGAAGAGUGGGAGAAAGAGUGGAACGAACUACUGAAGUUGGCCUCCAGUGAGCCUCGCACACACAUCAGCAAAAAUGGCAACACCAGUGGAGGUGUGGAUAACUCAGAAGACCCUGUCUAUGAGAGUCUGGAAGAGUUCCAUGUGUUUGUGUUGGCUCAUGUGCUGAGGAGGCCCAUCGUGGUGGUGGCUGACACCAUGCUUCGAGACUCUGGGGGAGAAGCUUUUGCACCCAUCCCAUUUGGAGGCCUCUAUCUGCCCCUGGAGGUGCCCCCUAACCGAUGUCACUGCUCACCGCUGGUGCUGGCGUAUGACCAGGCUCACUUCUCUGCCCUGGUCUCUAUGGAACAGAGAGACCAGCAGCGAGAGCAAGCCGUCAUCCCACUGACAGACUCCGAGCACAAGCUUUUAGCCCUACACUUUGCAGUGGACCCAGGAAGAGACUGGGAUUGGGGGAGGGACGACAACGACAACACCAAACUGGCCAAUCUUAUCCUCUCAUUGGAAGCUAAGCUAAACCUCCUGCACAGUUAUAUGAAUGUAACGUGGAUUCGAAUACCAUCAGAGACCAGAGCUCCCCUUGCACAACCUGAGUCACCCACCGCAUCAGCAGGAGAAGAUGUGCAAUCUCUGGCCGAAUCCAUGGACUCGGACCGUGAGUCAGUCUGCAGCAAUUCCAACCUCAACAAUGGCAAGACUAGCAAAGAGAAAGACAAGGACAAGCAGCACAAAGAGAAAGAGAAAGCUCGUGCUGACUCAGUAGCCAACAAGCUGGGCAGCUUUAGCAAGACUCUAGGCAUCAAGUUGAAGAAGAACAUGGGUGGCCUGGGAGGUCUGGUACACGGCAAAAUCAGCAGGUCCACCAUAACAAAUGGACGUGCUGUGGAGAGCAGUGAACAGAAGCCCAAGAAGAAGGACUCCAAGAUGCGCAAAGGGAGCAAAGAGGAGUCUGGCCAAUCUACUAGUACAUCAUCCUCUGAGAAAGCAACCAGUCCAUCUCCUACUGACAGAGCAUCAGGUACCUCGUCUGGAGAAAGGCAGGCCAGUUCUGCCAAAAUCCCAGAUGAGCGGACUCUGGACAACUGGAAGUACAGCACAGAUGUCAAGCUGAGCCUGAACAUCCUUCGUGCAGCCAUGCAGGGUGAACGCAAGUUCAUUUUUGCUGGUCUGUUGCUGACCAGCCAUCGGCAUCAGUUCCAUGAAGAGAUGAUAAGCUACUACCUGAGCAGUGCUCAGGAGCGCUUCAGCACUGAGCAGGAACAAAAGCGGAAAGGUGAGGCUGAGAAAAAGCCCCAGACCAAUGGCACGCUCAAAAAGCCUGAACAGGAGAGCACAUUCCAGAGAGAGCGCUCGGACAGCCCUCCCCCUGAGAGUUGCUCACCUGUUCUGCAUCCCAGCCAUAUCCACACACUAAAGGGGCAGGGGAGGAAUAGCCCUACCCUUGCUGCUUCCCCAAUUACCAUCCCUAAUGCCAACCCGCCUUCACUCCCUUGCUCAUCCAUGUCACCCGUCCCCUUCUCCUCUCCCACUCUAGGUGCUAAGCGACAGGAACCUAUCCCUGUAUCCGCCCACUAUAGCCAUACGCCACCCAUUCAGAGGCACAGUGUCAUCCACCUGAGAGAUAGCAACACGCAGUCCUCCAGCUACCAGGACGAGCCCUAUAAAAUUCCAGUGGGGACACUGAAGACCUGUGCCACGUAUCCACAACAGAACCGCUCACUGUCCUCUCAGAGCUAUAGUCCAGCACGCAUGUCUGGGAUUCGCGCCAUCCAUGGUGGAGAUUCUAUGCCAUAUAGCAUGGCCGGUGAGCACAAAUCCCACACCUACACCAAUGGCUUUAAUGCAAGCCAUAUCCGGGACAGUCUGGAGUUUGCAGACGAGGAACUUGCUCCCCACUCCUGGUUCAACCAUGAUAAAUCCAAGAUCCGCAGUGGAACCUGCCCCAUGUACUGCUUUCAGCAGAAGCGCUGCAAGAGGGAGAAUUGCUCCUUUUACGGCAGGCCAGAGACAGAGAACUACUGCUCCUACUGCUACAGAGAGGAGAUGAAACGCAGGGAAAGGGAGGGCAAAGGACACCGACCUGGAUAGCCCCGCUCAUACACACACAUAGAGUGUAACACUGAUGUGUGUGUGCGAUUAUAAAGACAGCAGCAACAUCAUCACCCUCUGCACUAUGCGAGUAAUAGACAAAUACUGGCAUACAGUUUUCUAAUCUAUUUAAGAAUGAUUUCCUUGUAAUCUUGUUACUUUUCUUUCAAUAGCAAAAUGACACUGCAGUUUACAGCUUUGGCCAGAGAUUGUGCUGUCAUUUUAUUUGUCAGUUUGUCUUUUGUCCAAAUUUACAUUCUUUUACUUGUUCUAGAGUAAAAGCUCAUGUCUGUGCAUUUUGCUCAGUCUGUAAUAUAAAAUUUCUAGCACUAGCUAAAAGAGAUGUAAAAGCAUAUGUCAGUGUCCUCUGAGCUCUCCAAAAGCUACUGGGUAACUCAUUUGAAUGCAAUACUUCAAUCAAAUAUCUCAAUAGCAAGUAACAUCUUUCUGCUUUGGAAAUAAUUCAAAUGGGAGGGGAGGAACCACUGAUAAGCAGAAGGAAGUUUUUUAAAAAGCAAUAAGUUUGGUAAUGAGCGCAGUCCCUCCCUUUUUAUCUAUGCAUUCUUAAUGUCAGCCAUAGUGUAUUGUCUUUGUGUAGAAAUGAGUGUGAUUUUAUCUGCCUGGAUGUAAGACGAUUGUACUGAAAUUUCAUUUGUGGCAAAUCAAAGUGUGCUGCAUGGUCUGUAACAUGCUUUUGAUUGUGCAGCACAUGACUGGACCUUGUGUACAUUGGUUUGCAUUCCAUUGAAACUCUCCUUGAUACCAUCUGAUGCAGCACAGCGCCAUUUAUUCCUAUCUUUGUUUUGCAAUAUAUCACAUUCUUGAUAGCAAAUGGCUUCUGUAAAAUAAACUACUACUCAUGGCAAAUUUAUACAAUGCAAGAGAAAAAAAAUAAUGGAAUACAAACCUUUAUACACCUUAAUAAUGUAGUGGACUAAACAUGAAAUCAAAUGGAACUCUGUGAUGUCUGUCAAUGUUGGUUACACCUUGGUGUGUUGUAGGUAAUGGCUGUUUCUCAUCGUUUGUUCUGCAUACCACAAGCACACACACACACACACACACACACCAGUCUAUCAACAGACCCACCUGCGUUUGUCCUAAAACUCUGUGCCAAAAACCUUCUCCUAUAUUUGAAAUUCUCAGGUAUUGUGUUAAAUGUGUUUAGUAGUAUAAUCCCCAAAUCGAAUCACUAAAUUCAAAACUGAAAAAUCACUUUCAGCACUUUCCGAAUAAAGUUUGAUUUAAAAUGUAAUCAACAAGUAGGGUUGGCUCGUGACCAUAGAUAUUGUUGGGGCAGGACAACAUUAAUUACUACAUCUUAACAAUUUCAAACUAAAUUUGCCUAAAAACUGCUAACUAGAGAUGUUUCAAAAUAACCCAUAGAUAGUCAAGAGCUGACAAGACAUGAACAAGCUUGAACAAACUCAGUCUGGAGUUUACUGUUUGCUAUUAAUUGUUCUCAAAUACAGAUUAAAAGUCUAGCUAGUUCUAUAUUAUAUAGGUAGCCUGAAACUGAAAAAACAAACAAACUGUAGAAUAAUUUUCUAAUCCAUUCAUUGAUCAGAGAAAGGACUAUAAGAUAGCAGUGUUCAUUUUAAUAACCUAUGUUCAAAUGUUUUUAUUUAUUUAUUUAAUUCAGUUUGAAACAAUUUGUGUAGUCUCUGUCUCCAUUUUCACAGUGUGAGAAAAACACGGAUCUGUCCUGUCUGCUGAUUUUUCAGUCAUAAACAAUGCAUUCAUAGAUCAAGCAUGGGGCAGAGUGAUUGCUGCCCCAGUGGGUCUCAGUUUGCACCAGCUCACCGCUGUAUGCAAUAAUAACUCUAUGGAUCAAAAUGGAGCACUGAACACACUGCUUCAAAUUCCCAUCAUAUUUAAAAAAGGCAAGUAAUUUAAUGGAAUAUUAGCGUUUAUCUGUCAAAAAACCUUUUUUUUUCCUUUAAAAUCGUUGGUCACUCUAAACAGGUCAUUAAUAAUGCAAGAUUAACAUCAGUUGCAACAGAUAGAUUUGGCUGGGCUCUGCUCCACUUGCCCCUAUGGAUGAGCUGCUACUCUUAACAAGACAUAAUAGCAAAGGUGUUAUGUACGUUAUAUGUUAUGGCAAAUAGCCACACCAUAGCAGAUAUCUCGUAAUUCUAAAACUAGCUUUGCAUACUAGGAAGGCCUUGAUUCCUCUGCCAUUUAAAACACCAGAAGGCCUGACAGUAUUGUUAUUGCUAACCCCUGUGUGAGCAUGGGCAAAGCAAAGUCCUCCGCUAGUGCUUCUCUGCUUUCAGGAGAGGGACAAAUGUGAGAGCAUUACUCACUGCUUUCUGGUCUGGUGUGUGUUCCGAUACUGAAUAACCCUGCACAGUCUAACGCUUGGUGUGUCUGUUUUCUUGCUCCUUCCUUCUAUGCGUCCUCCUCUUCUUCCUUUCUGUGUGACCGAUUCAUGGACUUGCACCGUCUUAUAAUUGUAAAAUAUGAUUUUAUAUUCAUUUGACAGUUUUACACUAAAUUAUUAAUUUGCACAUUAGGUACUGAUGUAAAUAGUAGGAAGAAACAAGAAAAGAACAAAACAAGAUUAGUUUGUUGUUAA